AUGACGAACAAGCGAUCGCGUGAUGAUGAUGAACCCCGCGCGUGUGUAGGCGCAGGCAGCGGAGACACCGAGGAACCCAUACAGGAUGCGACAGCUGCUACCAGCAAGGCCGCAGACAUGACUGCGGUAGAAGACGAUGACAACAGCAGCGAGUGGCAGCAGGUCAAGCGACGCAAAACUACCAAGAAAGAGGCGAACAAUUACCCAUCCAUCACCCAUUCGCCUCAUGCUCGUCUACAGUCUUUCGUCAAGCUCAGCGACUUGCAAAAUCUUGUGCUAUAUGCGCUGGCCGAUGGCAAUGCGCCGCAGUGGGUUUCCGUCAAACAUCAUGGAUCUAUUCGCAAGGUAGUUGUGCUCAUGGUACCGGGGUUAGAGGCGGGCAUGUUUGAUGGGAGUAUACCUCUUUCUUCUUCAACAGAGGAGAGCUCUUCAACUGCAGUCCAGGCUGCAGACCAUACCGCCACCAACCGAGCCGCUGAUGCCAGAGAAACUGCUCCAGGUGUAUCACGCAAGCUGAACGUCUCGCCUGACGACUAUUAUCCAGCACCUCUGAGAUAUUCUCAGCUGCCACAGCCUCUUCAGCCACUGAGCGACUUGUUCGAGUACAUCUGGCCCAUCAAGACACCAGGUGAGGAUAAGUAUGCUCGUAUGCACUCUCCGCUUCAGGCUAUGCUCGUCUCACCCAUCGUGAAGUCGCGAGAGGAUAAGAGGGCGAAAGGGCCACAGCCCCCACCCGAAGGUCGUGGCUGGAAGAACCAGCGCACUCCGGUCACAGAACUUCUUGCUACCACUACUGAGCUCUCGGAUGAUGGGUAUGUGCUGCAUCCUGCUCAUUACAAUCAGACUUCUUCCGCUACGAAGGAGAUUGCGCUUCGCGAGCUCAAUAAGACUACUACUGCGGACGGCUGGAUCGAAACUCCUGAUGUACCAUUUCUGUUCUCGGGGAACGUGCCCGACAAGGAUAUCGAGAAAGGCUCGGUGACGGCUGGACGAAAUGUGCUUACUAUGGACUGUGAGAUGUGUAUAACCUCGCCACAAGGAGUUGCACCACAAGUCUUCAGCUUGACCAGGAUCUCCAUUGUGGAUUGGGACGGCAAUGUGCUGCUCGACGAGCUUGUCAAGCCUACCAAUCCUAUCACGGAUUACCUCACACCAUAUUCUGGUAUCACAGAAAAGAUGCUCGAAUGCGUCACCACCACGCUCGAGGAUAUCCAGAAGAGGCUGCUGGGCAUCCUCACGCCACAGACCAUCCUGGUCGGACACAGCUUGAACAGCGAUCUCAGUGCUCUGCAGCUCGCACAUCCAUUCAUCAUUGACACAGCAUUGCUGUUUCCACAUCCGCGAGGCCCACCUCUGAAGUCGAGUCUGAAAUGGCUUGCGCAGAAGUACCUGAGUCGCGCUAUCCAAAAGGGCCACGGCUCAACAGGGCACGACAGUAUCGAGGACGCCAAAGCAUGUCUCGAUCUUGUGAAACAGAAAUGCGAGAAAGGCAAGUCGUGGGGCACACCUGAAGCUUCGGGUGAGCCUAUUUUCAAGCGCUUGGCUCGUUCUUACAGGCCAAAUGCGGACAAGGUAGAUCGAAACGGCGAGAAUGAAGCACGUGUGAGCGCUGUGGUGGACUGGGGCGAACCGGCGCGAGGCUAUGGUGGUCAAGCCAAAGUCGCGAUUGGCGAGGAAAGCGAUGAAGCCAUCGUGAAAAGCGUGCAGCGUUGUCUGGAAGGUAGUAGCGAAGACCUGCAGGUUCCGAAUGGCGGCUGUGACUUCGUCUGGGCCCGUUUGAGGGAGCUGGAAGCUCAUCGCGGCUGGUGGGAUAAAAGCAAGCUCGUCGAUUCCGAUGCUCUGCGCUCGACUACCACCGCUGCUUCCGCCGAAACCUUAUUGCCGGAUAUGGUAACGCAGACCGUCACGAAUAUUAAAGCAGUGUACGAUGCUCUGCCGGAUAGAACAGCGUUCAUAGUCUACUCCGGCUCCGGCGACCCCAGAGAGUUGAGGGAGAUGCAGGCACUUCAAACGAAAUUCAAGGAGGAGUAUAAGACUAAGAAGUGGGAUCAAUUGAGUGUCAAGUGGACGGAUGUUGAGGAGCAGAAGCUUCGAGCUGCUUGUGAUAGGGCUAGGAGGGGGAUCGGAUUCGUGGGUUUGAAGUGA